UAAUCACACACACAUAUAUUUUCUCCAUUGCCACCAAAAAGUAACUGUUUUUGUUGGUCAUGAAAAUAAAAACCCUAAUCCUACAAUUAACUAACAAAACACAAAAAGAAUUGAAGAGAGAGAAAUUAGAGAGAGAAUCGUGGGUUAAGAAGUUGGGGGGUUUCACGGAGAUUAAUUAGCCUACUAAUUCCUCUUCUCUCCAUAACUGAUUCCUCAUUAAUCUCUCUCUCUCUCUCUCUUAUAAUCUCAAAACACUCUCUCUCUCUCACUCACUCUCCAACUCUCCAAAACUCUUCAACUUCAUUCUUCACAUUCUCUCUGUUUCUUCUUCUCCUUUUCUUCCUCUCCAAUGGCUGCUCUCACCUUCCACUCCAAUUUCUACUCUCCUGACCCUUCUUCAUAUUUCCACUAUUUCUCCCCUGAAUUCUCCCCUGAUCUUUCUUACGUCCCUCCCCCUCACCUCCUCAGCGACCCCGCUGCCUUCCCUUACGUCGACGAUUCUGUUUUUUACCCCGCCGCAGAUACUCUGUUUUCCGACGAUGCUUUUCCUUUUCUCUUUUCCGAUGCCUAUCCCUAUUUCUCUGCUCCCUCCGUCGAUGAGUUCCUUCCCGUCUCCUCCCAAUUCUUCCCUUUUGAUGAAUUUGAAUUUCAUUGCCCCAAACGUCAGAGGGCUGUGUUCGAACAGAGUUUUUGUUGUGGCGAAGGUGUUGGUGACGGUAAUGUAGGUGGUGGAGGAGAAGGAGCAGGAGCAGGAGCAGGGUUCUUUCCUCCUCCGUUGGCGGAGUUUUUUUCGGGUCCUUGGGAUUCUAGAAUGGACAAUGCUGAAAUGACGAAUGAUUGUUUGAAGAGUCAACCGUCGCCGGCGCCGCCGGCGCCGUCGAGUAAUAACUUAUCAGCGCAGACGAUUGCGGCCCGGGAACGGCGGAGGAAGAUUACGGUGAAGACGCAGGAGCUCGGAGAGCUGGUUCCGGGUGGAAGCAAGAUGAAUACUGCUGAAAUGCUGAAUUCUGCUUUCAAGUAUGUGAAAUUCUUGCAAGCACAAGUUGCUAUUUUGCAACUCAAGCAAGAAACAGAGCAAGAGCAGGAGCAAGAACAAGAAGGACAAGAAACAGAGAACCUUAAGAUUCUUGAAUCCACUUUGAUUCAAGAGAAGUUAUACUUAGAAGAAAAAUGUUUGGUUCCAAAAGGGUUCAUCCAAAAUCUUGCAGAUUUCCCUGAGAUUCAAUCCCAUCCGUCCAUUUUCAAUUCCAUUAAUAAGAUCCUUCACAACAACAGCUAGCAAAAAACCCAAAAAGUUUAACGUUGAACAGAUGUAGAAGCAGAGUAGCUUGUUCAUCAUUUUGUUUUGCUAGUUGUUGUUGUAGCUAAUCUAAGUUUUAAGACUUUUUGUUUUCAAUUUUUAACCAUUUAGUUUAGAGUUUUAGAGUUUAGUUUCAAUCAGAUGCUAACCUCAUGUUUAU